AUGCUUACUUUAAAUGAAUGGCAGAAUGGCAGAAAGGAGGAGGACAUUUCAGAAACUCAGAUCGCUUCCUCCUGCUCUAUUCAAGAAAAGUCAGCACACUACCAGGAGGCAACAGAGGUGUGUGAGAAGAAGAAAGAUAUUGUACAGAAGGUGAAACAGAUGCUGUCAGAGCGAAAAGAGAGCCUAGAACACCAAAUGAGAAACCUCCAGGAACUGGAUGAUCCCCCACCGACUUUUAGAGUACAAAUUGAAGGUGAGUGUUUAAUGCCUUGUAAAGUGUACAUUAUUAGUUGUGCUUAGUGAUACACAACAAUUCUUUUUUCUUAUAUUCAUGUCCUUGAUCUUAUACCUAUUUACUGUACAAAGUCUGAAGAAAUCAAGAUGUUACAAGCCCACAUCAAAGAUGUGGUCUUAGAUAAAGACACAUUUCCUUUCGAGGGACAGACAGUACCUCAAUAUUUUCUUCAAGACCUUUUACACUGUGGUGACAUUCCUCAACAUGAUUAGUGGGGCUUUUUCACAGGAAUAGUAACUCAAGAUGAUAUCCUGUAUCACCUAAACAACAAACACAAUAAAUUGGACCAUGAUAAGGUGAGAUAUAUUCUUCAGUACCUGCAAGUCAUUAUGUGGUACAUGGAAAUCCCAGAUUUGAAGGACACAGUGUUUGUUAAACCAUCAUUCCUCAUUUCAUUGUUGAAGACCAUUGUAAGACAUGAUUUGGUCACUAAGAUAACCAGUAUUCCCAGCAAAAUUCUGAAGUCAGAGAAUGCACUCCAAAAGCACAGCAACAGUUGGAUAACUGAUUUCAAGGAUAAAGCUACACUGAGCAAUACAGCCAUACGCAUCAUGGUAUGAACAGAACUUGAGAGGUUAGCCGCUGAUGAUAAAGAUCUGGUUGAGGAGAAUGUUGACAAGAAGAAGGCUGGGAGUCUUCUCACACUGCUGCAGCACUUUGAUGUCUGUUUACCAACCAGACAAAGUGAUUCUCUCAACUCUAAAGCACAAGAGUUUUAUCCAGGAAAAAUGGAGCUAUCAAAUCCCUUUUUCCAAGAUGAUGCAUGUCUGUUCCCCAGUUCCUUGUCAAACAAUGACAAGGUCAGAGAGAUGUGGGGAGAGGACAACUUGGAAGACAUCAAUGUCCAAGUUUACUUCCUCCCUGAGAUACCUUACCAGUUCUUCCACAGGUAAAAUUGUCUUCCUCUCUUAUUACUUGU